GAGCCUGACCGGAACCGGAAGCUUCCGGGAACAGGGUGGGUGGGCGGUGCCGAAAAUCAAAUAAAGCGCGGCGAACGCCGGAGCCGGGAGCUGUCAGGGUAGUGGUGGAUCUUCUGCAAGGCUGCAAGGACCAAGGCCUGUCUCCAUGGAUUCUACCGCCUGCUUGAAGUCCUUGCUCCUGACCAUCGGUCAGUAUAAAGCCGUUAAGUCAGAGGCGAACGCUACCCAGCUCUUGCGGCACUUGGAGGUAAUUUCCGGACAGAAGCUCACACGACUGUUUACAUCAAAUCAGAUAUUACCAAGUGAAUGCCUAAGUUGCCUUGUAGAACUCCUUGAAGACCCAAACAUAAGUGCUUCACUGAUCUUAAGUAUUAUCAGUUUGCUAUCUCAACUAGCUGUGGACAAUGAAACCAGAGACUGUCUUCAAAAUACAUACAAUCUGAAUAAUGUGCUGGCAGGAGUGGUUUGUCGGAGUAGCACUUGCCAUAAUGAUUCUGUGUUUUUACAGUGUAUUCAACUUCUGCAGAGGUUGACAUAUAACAUCAAAAUGUUCCAUUCUGGUGCCAAUAUAGAUGAAUUAAUUAUGUACCUGAUAGAUCAUAUUCAGUCUUCUGAAGAUGAAUUAACAAUGCCUUGUCUAGGAUUAUUGGCAAAUCUUUGUCGGCACAAUCUUUCUGUUCAAACACAUAUAAAGACUUUGAGUAAUGUGAAAUCACUUUAUCGAACUCUUAUAUCCUUCUUGGCCCAUAGUAGUUUAACUGUGGUUGUGUUUGCACUUUCAAUAUUGUCCAGUUUGACUUUAAAUGAAGAGGUGGGUGAAAAGCUAUUCCAUGCUCGAAACAUUCAUCAGACUUUUCAACUAAUAUUUAAUAUUCUCAUAAACGGUGAUGGUACCCUGACUAGAAAGUAUUCAGUUGACCUACUGAUGGAUCUCCUUAAGAAUCCCAAAAUUGCUGAUUAUCUUACCAGGUAUGAACACUUUUCUUCAUGUCUUAAUCAAGUAUUAAGUCUUCUUAAUGGGAAGGAUCCUGACUCUUCUUCAAAGGUUUUAGAAUUACUUCUUGCCUUCUGUUCAGUGACUCAGCUUCGCCAUGUGCUCACUCAGAUGAUGUUUGAACAGUCACCAUCUGGCAACUCCAUUCUGGGAAGCCGGUCUAAAUGUUUAGAACCUAACGUGGCUUUACUUCGUUGGUUAAGCCAGCCUUUGGAUGGAUCAGAAACCUGUUCUGUUUUAGCAUUGGAAUUGUUCAAGGAAAUAUUUGAGGAUGUCAUAGACUCUGCUAACUGUUCCUUGGCUGACCAUUUUGUGACCCUUCUGCUGCCAACAAUUCUUGAUCAGCUUCAGUUCACAGAACAAAAUCUAGAUGAGGCCUUAAUAAGAAAAAAAUGUGAAAGGAUGGUCAAGGCCAUUGAAGUUUUAUUAACUCUUUGUGGAGAUGAUACUCUGAAAAUGCAUAUUGCAAAAAUUCUGACUACCAUCAAGUGUACCACUUUGAUAGAACAACAGUUUACAUAUGGCAAGAUCGAUUUGGGGUUUGGAACAAAGGUUGCAGAUUCUGAAUUAUGUAAACUUGCUGCUGAUGUAAUUUUGAAAACUCUUGAUUUGAUGAACAAACUUAAACAGUUGGUUCCUGGUAUGGAAGUAAGCUUUUAUAAAAUCCUUCAGGAUUCACGUUUGAUCACUCCUUUGGCUUUUGCUUUAACGUCUGAUAAUAGAGAACAAGUACAGUCUGGCUUGAGAAUAUUGUUGGAAGCUGCUCCACUGCCAGAUUUUCCUGCUUUAGUACUUGGAGAAAGUAUAGCAGCAAAUAAUGCUUAUAGACAACAAGAAACAGAACAUGUACCCAGAAGAAUGCCUUCGCAGUCAUUCAAUCACAACCUUCCAACAUCAGUAAAGUGUGUAACUCCUCCCGUUUUAAAAGAAAGUGUUCCUGGUCUGAACAUUGAAGAAUUAAUAGAAAAACUUCAGUCUGGAGUGGUGGUAAAGGAUCAAAUCAAUGAUGUGAGAAUAUCUGACAUAAUGGAUGUAUAUGAAAUGAAACUGUCCACAUUAGCUUCCAAAGAAAGCAGGCUACAAGAUCUUUUGGAAGCAAAAGCUCUAGCCCUUGCACAAGCUGAUAGAUUAAUUGCUCAGUACCGUUGUCAAAGAACUCAAGCUGAGACAGAGGCACGUACACUGGCUGGUAUGUUGAGAGAAGUUGAGAAGAAAAAUGAAGAGCUUAAUGUGUUGCUGAAAUCACAGCAGGUUGAAUCAGAGAGAGCCCAGAGUGAUAUUGAGCAUCUCUUUCAACACAACAGGAAGCUAGAAUCUGUGGCUGAAGAACACGAAAUAUUGACAAAAUCCUACAUGGAAUUGCUUCAGAGAAAUGAAACUGUUGAGAAGAAAAAUAAAGAUUUACAGAUCACAUGUGAUUCUCUGAAUAAGCAAAUCGAUACUGUGAAAAAAUUGAAUGAGUCACUCAAGCAACAAAAUGAAAAGACUAUCACGCAACUAAUAGAGAAAGAAGAACAAAGAAAAGAAGUACAGAACCAGUUAGUAGACCGAGAGUAUAAACUAUCAAAUUUACUUCAAAAAACAAAACUACAAGAAGAAAAGAUUAAAGUCUUACAAAAGGAAAGAGAGGAUAAGGAAGAAGCCAUUGAUAUCCUUAGAAAAGAAUUAAGCAGAACGGAACAAAUAAGAAAAGAAUUGAGCAUUAAGGCAUCAUCCCUAGAGGUUCAGAAGGCCCAAUUAGAAGGUCGCUUAGAAGAGAAAGAAUCUUUGGUGAAACUUCAGCAAGAGGAGUUGAACAAACACUCCCACAUGAUAGCAAUGAUCCACAGUUUAAGUGGUGGAAAAAUAAGUCCAGAAACUGUGAAUCUUAGUAUAUAGAAAUUACUGCAUUUUGGAAUGUGUAAUCCCUUGAAUUUUUGUUGUAUUUAUCUGUUGGAGAGGGGUGGGUAAGGAAGAUAAUUUGUGACUCCAAAGCAAUAGGAUAUGAUUAUCUAAUUAUUAAUUUAGUAAAAAAUUGAUCUGAUGCAUGUUUUUAUUUGGUCUUUUGAAUAGAGAUUUUCUUUUUGAAAGGUUUAUUUUGUGUUUCUGGCUUUUAUUGCUUAACACUUUGUUUCUUAUGUUAGAAUAUCCUUAACCUCAAUUAUUAUUUUUCUAGAACUCUUCCCUUAGUUUCUAUUUUUCUUUUGCUUGUGAAUUUAUUCUCAUUUGUAUAGCUGUCAUGGGUGGCUUAACAACAGGAGAAGUGUAUCUGAGAAAUGUGUUACUAAACAAUAUCAUCAAAAUGAACAAACAAAAAUGAAAGGGGCUGGUGUUGUAGCAUAGUGAAUUAAGCUGCCGCCUGUGAAGGCAGCAUCCCAUUUGGGUGUGCCAUUUGAGUCCUGGCUGCUCUGCUUCUGAUCCAGCUCCUGCUAAUGGCCUGGGAAGGGCAGCUGAAGAUGGCUCAAGUGUUUGGGCCCCUGCCAUCCAAGUUGGAGACAUGCAGGAAGCUCCUGGCUCCUGGUUUUGGCCUGGCCCAGCCCUGGCUGUUGGUGGCCAUCAGGGGAGUGAACCAAUGGAUGAAAGAUUGUGUGUGUGUCUCCCUCUCUGUAAAAAAAAAAAAAAAAAACCUUGUUCAAACAUCAUAGAGAUACUAACAUAGGCUAAGGUGGCCACAACUUUCUAGGUGACCAGAGGACUAUGGUGCCACUAUCAUAUAUGCAGUCUGUUUUUAACUGAAAUGUCAUUUUGUGAUACAUAACUAUUUAUAUUUUAAAACAAACUUUUUUAGUUUAAGUCUGAAAUAAUAAGUUGAAAAUGCAGUUAGCAGUAGUAAAAAGUAUGAUGCUACUAGAGAAGUUUUUCUCUAAAGUAGCAUGAAGUGAGGCAUCAGUUUAAAAUUAUUUUUAUUGUUCCAUUUAAAAUGAAGUAAAAUAUAUAUGGUAAAUGUUCUUCAUUUAAAAGGGUGCAAUGAUUAGUAAUCAGAAAUAAUAUCUAAAACUGGAAGCUAGAUAUUGUGUUAAUUAUAUUAUUUUCUCAAGUAACCAAUAGUUUGUAGAAUAUUUAUAUCUUUAGUUUUUGUGAUGAUGACUGAGUUCUGUAUCUGUGCUGGUAAUACCAUAGCCAUGAGAUGAUCUGUCCUAGCCUGACCUUGUAGAGUAGAAGCAAAAAAAGUUAAUUUAAUGAGAAAAAAAAUACCCUUGCCAUUAGGCACAUGUGACUGUUGAGCAUUUGAAAUGUGAGCCAUGUAACUGAAGAAUAUAGUUUUACAUUUUAUUUAAUUUACAUUAUAAUUAAUGUUCAUGCUGCUGGACAAUGCAAAUCUAAUCCAUUGUUGGAAGUAUGCAUUUAUAUAACCAGCUCAAUUUGCCUGUUCUUUAAGACCUAUAUAAAUAAGUAACAAUAGUUUUACUUUAUCCAUAGUAUCACUUUUCAUGGUUUCAGAUACCCAUGGUUAACUGCAGUCAAAGUAUUUAGUGGAAAGUUUCUGAAAUAAGUAAUUUAUGAAUUUUAAGUUGUACACAUUUCUGAGUAGUGUAAUGAAGUAUCAUUGUCUUGAUUUAUCAUGUGACAUGAAUCACUACUUUGUCCAGCUUAUUUGUGCUGUAGAUAUUAUCUGCCUGUUAAUCACUUUGUAGUCAUCUUGGUUGUUAGAUUAGCUGGUGUGGUAUGGCAUUGCUUGUGUUCGAAUAUCCCUUAUUAUAAUGACCCCAAAGCACAACUAGUGAUGCUGGCAAUUUGGAUGUGCCAGAGAUGCCCUAAAGUGCUUCAGUAUCAUCUUACACUAUCACAAGAAGAAUGGUGAGUGUAGUACAUUAAGAUUUUGAGAAAUACACUACUUUUAUACAACUUGUACAACAACAUAUUUCACAAUUGUUCUUUUUCAUUACUAAAUAUAAUUAAGCUGUUACUAUACCUAAUUUAUAAAUUAAACUCUUCAUAGGUAUGUAUAGAUAGAGAAAAAAUCCAUAGCCAUAUGUAGAAUUUGGUAGUACUUUCAAUUUCAGGAAUGUACUGAAGUUCUGGAGCUUCUCUCCCUGGAUAAACAGAGACUUUGAUAUCCCAUAUAUAUUUGUAGUAGCUUUUUAUAUAAUGACCACAAUUUUAACCUGUUUUUUCUCUCUCUGAAGAGAAAAACAAUGCAUUAACUUUGAAAAAGAAUAGUAAUAAUCCUUCAUCACUUUUUAUCCCUUGUAUUACUUAUCAUAUUGUUCCUUGUGGUUUUCUUAAUAUCUUUAGUGUGCUGGACAGUUUUUUCUUUUUGCUUCUUCAUACCUUAGAUUAAGAAAACUUGUGUGUGUAAAUAUUCUUCUUAAAAAAAAUCAUUUUGGGGCCAUUGUUGUGGUGCAGUGGGUUAAAGCCAUGAACUUCAGUGCCAGCAUCCUAUAUAGACACUAAUUCAAGUCUUGGCUGCACCACUUCCGGUCCAGUUUCCUGUUAAUGUUCCUGGUAGGGCAGCAAAGGAUGGCCCAAGUCCUUGAGCCCCUAUACCCACGUGGGAGACUUGGAGGAAGCUCCUGGCUUCAGCUUUGCCCAGCCUAGUCAUUGUGACCAUUUUGGAAGUGAACCAUCAGGUGGAAGAUUUCUCUCUGUGUCUCUCCUUCUGUCUCUCUGUAACUUUGCCUUUCAAUAAAUAAAUAUUU